UGGCGCGGCGCUGGGGCGGGAGCGGCGCCUCGUAGAACUUUCCUUGGGGGCAGCGCGUUAAGGAGAGGCGCUUAAACUUCCCUUCGGGAAAACAGACAGGUUGUGCCCGCAGGAGCAGAGCGGGGAAGCGGGAGCGGCGCGGAGCCCUGUGGGAGGUGCUGCCCGUCGGAGGCUGUAGGCGGCGGGGAUCGGCCACUUCUCCCGGGGAACCAGCGACGGGAGGAGAGGACACAGCCCGGGGCCGCAUCUGGGGACGGCCAGGCUGGACUUUAGGAGUAAUUUCUUUGUAGAAAGGGUGAUUCGACUUUGGAACGAGCUGCCCACCGUCCCUGGAGGUGUUUAAGGAAAGGCCGAUUUGCAGUGACUGUAAAUGAAAGCUCUAGCUAGUUGCUUCAUUUCCUUGUGUCUCAAACAUUAAACUUUUCCUCUCAGUCUGUUUUUCUGAUGUUACCAAAUCCUCUAAAUUCAUGUAGUAGAGACUGUUUUGUUUAUCUGUCCGCUUGAUAAAUGUUUCUGGUGGUUUUGGAAGGUAUUUAUGUAGAUGUAUGUUUGAAAAGCUUUGUAAGACUUCAGAGUCAUUUGUAACCCUGCGGGUAUAAACACUAUGAGAAACAUUAUUUACAUAACUGUUUAUUUCGUUUUUUACAAAGCUAGUUUGUUUCAGUUCUGACGUCUAUAAACACGAUUUGGUAAUUGACUUUGUACCAAAGUGUGUUUUUUUGUUUUUUGUCUUUUUUUUCCUGGGCAACCAAACGGCAGUUCAUGCGCAGAUGGAAUCUGAGAUCUUGGACAGACCUUUCCUUUUUCAGUUGUGCAGUAUCUGAAGAUGGAAUUUCGAAUUAAACACACGUGGGAUGGUUUGCCUGUGAGCCAUGAGCCGGUUACGAUUGGGCUGAGGCCGGAUAAUGCAGGACUGCUGAUGGAAGUUCGUGCUCCUUUCUUUAAUGAUCCUCCAGCACCACCCGGAGAGCCAGGGAAACCUUUUGAUGGACUGUGGGACUAUGAGGUGGUAGAAGCAUUCUUUCUGAGUGACAGAACUGAGCAGUAUUUAGAAGUUGAGCUUUGUCCCCAUGGGCAGUACUUACUGCUGCUGCUAGCUGGCAGAAGAAAAGCAUGGAAACAGGAAGAACUUCCUUUGGAGUUUGAGGUGACCAGAAUGAAAACCAAAUGGGAGGGUAAAGCUCUUCUUCCUUGGAGUUACUUUCCACCAUGCACUGACAAGUUCAAUGCGUUUGCAAUUCAUGGCUCAGGAGAAGAGAGAAAAUAUGAAGCACUUUAUCCUGUGCCUCCACACCAACUGCAGGAAGGACAGGAACCAGAUUUUCACCGUUUGGAAUUUUUCAAAGACUUGAACCUGAAAGAACUAACAGGAGAAGACUGGAAGCAGCCUGAAUCAGAUAUAUGGAAAUCUCUCACUAAGUGAAUGGAUUGAGGCAUAAAUUUUUAUAAUGUUGAAGUUGGCUGGAGCUGUGUGGAAACAACUUCCUCAUUCUGAGCAGAGGUUAUAGAUUCCAGAUUAGCAAGGUUUUCCUUGUCACCGAAAUCAUGAAUUAGUCUGAAAAUCAACUGCAAAAUGCGAGCUGCAUAUGGAUCUGUUGAUUCUAAAUGUAUGAAUGGCUUGGAGUUUUUCAUCUGUGCAAGAGAUGAAUCUGCUGCUACCAGUGAAGGAAGAAAAAUGUGCUGAAAUUGCAGCUGUGCUUUUGAGAGAGCUCUGAAGUCUGACAAGGCCAAUACCUGGAUUGAAUCUUUUGACUUUCUAUAGUUGCUGCAUUUCUGCUGUAUUUUCACUGCUGCUUGUUUGUUUGUUGACUGCUGAAUGAGAUCCUUAUGUGCCUAGAUUUUUUGCUUACAAUCAGGAGGAAGAAUGUAGCUGUCAUUGAUUUUGGAAGCUCAGUACUUGCCCUGCAAGAGGCAUCACUGCCCUUUCCUGUAUGUUCCUGUGCCUGAAGUUUUCCCUUACUUAAUGCCAAAGGGGGAACUACUUCUGUCUCACAGACCUCUCUGUGGAGUUCCUAAUGGUGUUUGGGUGCAGAGGAUAGAUUUAAAAAAGGUUUUAUGUAUUUCAGGUGAAGUUUCUAGGACAAAUCAUGCUUAGUAAAAUCUUUUGGUAUAGUUGUAUUCCAAUGGGUUUUUUCUGAGAUUUGUCACAUCACUUUAAGAAUUAAUCUGAGAUGUCUGAGGAUUUUUUUUCCAUGCCAAUGAGGGCUGGAGGUACUCUAGGUGUAUGUUUUCUGUGUUUGAGCAUGAGUAAUUUUAACAAUAGUGACUAUUCUUAGGUGGCAACAUCCAAUCUGUAAACCCUCACAAGAUGUACAAAUCAUAUGUUUCUUUUUUUUGUCUAGCUUAGAAGUUGCUGCUUGAUUGUGGCUGCUGAUUUACUCCUAUAUAAAUUAGCUUAAAAUAGUAUGUAGUAAUAAACACAUUCUGAUGGUCCUAUUUGCUUUGCUGUCUUUCAGCUUAACUCGAGCUGCAAGUUCUGCCUGAGAAGCAAAGAAGGUGGGAAUAUCCCACUUUUGUGAAGAACAUCUUGGCGUGGUUCAUAUCUGAGAUAGCAUGCUCAUAGUUUUUGUUUAGCUCUUUGUGCUUCCAGUUUUAUAGAACUGUGCUUUCAAAUUUGAAGAUAUUAGGCUUUUUCUGUGGCAGACUUUGGCAUGUCAGUGCACUCAGCCAUCAAUUGCUUUUGCUCUGUUUCAAUAAGACACUAUAGGUUCCUUGCUGUAAAGUGCCAUCUGUUGAAAACUGUAAGUAUUGUACAUUUAGUUGUUUGGCUUCUUUUCUACCUUCUAUCCAUGUACAGUUUUCUAAAGAAUGACAUCAGUCUGAAAUAUUGAGUAAUUCAAUAGAUGUUGAAUAAAGUAUCCUCUAGACACUGACGUCUCAAAGCUGCUUUGCAAAUUUGUCAAAACCAAAAUGCUAUUUUGCAAAACUUCUAGGCUUUUUUUAAAACAGUUUGUCAAAAAACUGUGUGCAAAGAUUCAAAACAGGUGUACUGCUUUUUUCACAAAAGUUGUUUUCAUAUGAGGAAUGAUACUUUUUAUGUAAAGGACAAUAAAUGAAAUCUUUUAUUCA